AACCAUCAAGAUCACACAUCAUGGCUGAACCCAUCCGAAACAAGCGCCCGGACUUGGCCGUGGCACCGACCCCCCAAAACACUCCAGCCAACAAUGCACCCAUUUCAUCGCAUGCCCAGCAGCCGGGUGUUGAUAGCAUCAAGGAAGAGGACCUGGACCGUGCCGCGGCUGCCUCCAUCUUUGCACAGAACCCCAAGCUCGUCCAGAUGAUCCAGGGCCGUCUCGGCUCCCUUGUCGGCCGCUCCUCCGGUUACAUCGAGUCCCUCCCCACACAGGUCAAGAAGCGCGUCGCCGGUCUCAAGGGCAUCCAGAAGGAGCACACCAAGCUCGAGGCUGAGUUCCAGGAGGAGGUCCUGCAGCUCGAGAAGAAAUACUUCGCCAAGUUCACUCCUCUGUACGAGAAGCGUGCCGAGAUUGUCAACGGCAAGGCCGAGCCUACCGAGCAGGAGAUCGCCGCCGGCGAGGAGGAGGACGAGGAGGACGAGGAAGAUGACAAGGACACCAAGCCCGACGCUGCUGAGAAGGAGAAGGCUCCCGAGUCUAACGAGAAUGUCAACGGCAUUCCAGAGUUCUGGCUGUCUGCCAUGAAGAACCAGAUCUCCCUCGC